GCAGGCGGCCAAGAUCGAGGGGCUCAUGUGAGCCGGGCGCCGGGCACUGGCACUGGGUGACGCACAGGAAGCGGUGGGGUGCUUCAGGAAGGCGCUUCUCCUCUCCAGGGGUACGGCAAGCCCCCGGCUCUGCAGGGCUUGUGCCUUCAACCUGGGGGCUGCCUAUGUGGAGACCAGGAAGCCCAAAAGGGGCCUUGAGUUCCUCCUUCAGUCCCAGCCCUCAGAGGGGGAAAGCAGGGAGCACUUGGGGCACCUUUAUUUCAAUAUUGGGGAGGCUCAUGAAGGGCUCUGGGACUUUCCGAAGGCUCUGGAGUAUUUUGACAAAGCCAUCAGCCAUGACUGCGUGGCGCAGGCUGGCAGCUGAGCAGGACCCGCAUACAGAUGGGUUGCUGCUACCUGGGGAUGCGGGAGCCGGCCUGAGCUGUGCGUUGCUUUCUGGACGCCGCACGGACAUAUGCGGUGGCUGCAAGCCCCGAGGCUGCUGCGGUGGAUCUGAGCAGGGCAAGCGGCUCCAUGCUGCAGAGCCGACAGUUCAGGGCGACGGAGAUUGUGGGCGUCCUCACCCAGUGCCGCUCGCUCUGCGAGAGCAUCCCCGACCCAGCCCUGCGAGGGAAACUCUACAAUGACAUCGGCCUUGGCUACUCCCAACUCCGCAUCUUCUCCCUGGCUGCCGAGAGCUUCGAGUGGGCCCUUGUCCUCUGCAGUGGCGAGCUGGACCGGUGCAGGGAAGCUGCGCUGCUGCAGAACCUGGGUGCUGCCCACAACACCCUGCGCAGCUUUGGCACAGCGCUGGGCUGGCACCGGCGAGUGGCAGCACUGCACAGUGCUUUAGGGAACCGGAGGGCACAGGGGCAGUGCUUUGGUAACCUGGCGUACGCCUGCAGCCGGCUCGGGAACCACAAGGCUGCCACAGAGAACUACCUGCACGCCUUGCAAGCCUUCCGGGACUCGGGAGAUGUGCAGGGGCAGUGGCAAGCAUGUGAGGGACUGGGAGUAGCCUGCGUCCACCUGGGAGACCCCCAGAAAGCCAUCAGGCACUACAAGGAGGCCCUGACUUUGCUUUCCCACUGCCAGGUAAGGCACGCCAGGGAAAGCCCCGAGGCUGGACCCUCCCGUGCAUCACAGGGUGACUGCCCUAGGGACAGACCCACUUGGCUGAACCCACAUGGGCUAUCUCCUCUGCAGGACACCCCCAGAGCUGCCCACGAGCGGAUUGUGCACAAGCUCACCAAUGCCAUCCAGCACCAGCUCUGCUUCCAUGGCUGCCUCUCCUGUGGGGGUGGCUGGGUGCCCACCCCAGCCCCAGUAAGCAUCACCCCGGGGGCAUGGGGCAGAUCAGGGUGCUGGGGACUGACACCCCAGAUGGGUGUUGGUGGAGAGAGGCACCAGGGUCUGGUGGGCAGAGGGACACGCACCUGUAAACCCCAGGCCGUCCCUCCAUCCUAGCAGAAACCUGGCCAGCUGUGGUUUUGCUCCACGCUGCCCCACGCCAGUGGGACAUGGCUCCAGGGGAGCAAGGCGUGAGUAGGAAAGCUGCCAUCACGUCCCUCCUUCCUCUGUGGAUGAGUUCCCAGCAUCACCCAUGAGAUAAAUCUUCCUUUCUCCAACCUCAGGUCCUGCGGGGGGAAAGCCCAGCCUGGGGACGAGCUGUAUGUGCCUGUGCUGGGAGCGCGUCCUGGCUGUUCAGGCAGAGGAGUGACCCUGACUGAUGGCCCUGCACCAGAGCUCCGCAACCCACACGGACACCUGGACAUCUCUGCGAAGGACGAGGAUGGUCCCAGCACGGCUCCAGGGUGUCACAGUCAGCCCCAUGCUAACAGGUGGGUGGGCGAGGGGGAGGCACACCGAUACAGCUCCUUGCACCCAAAUACCCUUGCAGUAGCAGCAAACAUAAUGCAGCGAGUGGCAUCACCCCAGGGACUUCUCGUGAUUAAAGGUGAAAAUCCACAGAUUUUAAAAGAUGUGUAAUUCUGGGGAGUGCCUUUGGGGUAACUGAAGCUGGAAUUUGGGGAGGGUUCGGUAAUGAUGUGGUAGGGGAGAGUUUGUCACACAGAUGCUCUCCAUCACCUCCCCAUGAGCCGUCUCCGCUUUGCUCCCAGUAACAUGACCAUCACCCACCCGUGCCCAGCCCUGCUGCACCACGGCAGCCUCUGGCCAAGUGAGUACCAAACACAACUGGAGCUUCACUUCCCCAGCGAGCCGAGGGCUGUGGUUCUCACGCUGUGUUUUCACAGGGCAUCGUGACCACCGAACCCUCCAGCUGAGGUCCCCGGAGUGCCCCGCCAUCGCCACCGCCAGCUGCCGGUCCCGCACAGGGAGCAGGAUGCUGUCCCUCAUCUGCAGCCUCAUGUGACGGUGGAGGACACCGGGAAGAUGACCGCUUCCCACGUUGGGGGGGGGGGCGGCCCGAGGAGCAGGACCCCGGCCUGGACCGCGCGUCCCCCCCCACCCCCACCGGGGCAGAGCCGAGCUGCCGGUGGGAGCCCCUUCCUGGAGCCAACACGGUUUUGAAUCC